AGCCUCCUGGCUCUUGGGGCCCGGGUGGCUCUCUCCUGACCAGCCGACCGCCCCCUGGUCGGUGCCUUCAAAUCCUAGGGCUGCCGGCUGACCGGGAGGGGCUCCAGGGGGAAGCCCUGGGGUGCAGCCCGUGACUCAGGAUGGGCCGGCAGGAUGGCUCUGUUCCCUCCCGGGACAGGCCCCCAGCUUCUGGGAAGGGGCGCGGGCUGGUCUGGCGUGGGCGUACUUUCGGGCCUCAGGUAGGGAGAGUGGGGCCUUCCCUGGACCGGGGGACUCUCCGCCUUGUCCCCUGCAGCUGUGAGGACACUGGCCAAGCCCCCAGACUUCUCUGGGCCCCGUGAGUGCUGCUCCCGGGCUGGGAAAGUUUCCUUACCUGCUUUGGGAGCUCUUAGGGGAGCCUGCUAAGGCCGGCCGAGGCCUACAGAAUUCCUGGUCUUCAGGGGGACACUCUGGAUCUCUUGCUGAACUUCUCGGCUGGUGACUGGGACAGGGCAGAGUCACCGUGGCAGCCUUGAGAGUUGGACACUCAGGUCCCUGAAGAGAUCUCCAGGCCCCCAGUCCCAAAUCCGCCACCAUUCCGUGCUGCGGGGACACCAUGGCUCCAGAAGAGGACGCUGGAGGGGAGGCCUUGGGGGGCAGUUUCUGGGAGGCUGGCAACUACAGGAGGACGGUGCAGCGGGUGGAGGACGGGCACCGGCUGUGCGGAGACCUGGUCAGCUGCUUCCAGGAGCGCGCCCGCAUUGAGAAGGCCUAUGCCCAGCAGCUGGCUGACUGGGCCCGCAAGUGGAGGGGCACCGUGGAGAAGGGCCCCCAGUACGGCACUCUGGAGAAGGCCUGGCACGCCUUCUUCACCGCUGCGGAGCGGCUGAGCACGUUGCACCUGGAGGUGCGGGAGAAGCUGCAGGGGCAGGACAGCGAGCGGGUGCGUGCCUGGCAGCGGGGGGCCUUUCACCGGCCAGUGCUGGGUGGCUUCCGGGAGAGCCGGGCUGCGGAGGAUGGCUUCCGCAAGGCCCAGAAGCCCUGGCUAAAGAGGCUGAAGGAGGUUGAGGCUUCCAAGAAGAGCUACCACGCAGCUCGGAAGGACGAGAAGACGGCCCAGACGCGGGAGAGCCACGCCAAGGCCGACAGCGCUGUCUCCCAGGAGCAGCUGCGCAAACUGCAGGAGCGGGUGGAGCGUUGCACCAAGGAGGCUGACAAGAUGAAAACCCAGUAUGAGCAGACGCUGGUGGAGCUGCACCGCUACACCCCGCGCUACAUGGAGGACAUGGAGCAGGCCUUCGAGUCGUGCCAGGCCGCCGAGCGGCAGCGGCUGGUCUUCUUCAGGGAUAUGCUGCUCACCUUCCACCAACACCUCGACCUCUCCAGCAGUGAGAAGUUCCAGGAGCUCCACCGGGACUUGCAUCAGAGCAUCGAGGCAGCCAGCGACGAGGAAGAUCUGCGCUGGUGGCGUAGCACGCACGGGCCGGGCAUGGCCAUGAACUGGCCUCAGUUUGAGGAGUGGUCCUUGGACACGCAGAGGCCUAUCAGCCGGAAGGAGAAAGGUGGCCGGAGCCCUGACGAGGUUACCCUGACCAGCAUCGUGCCCACAAGAGAUGGCACUGCGCCCCCAUCCCAGUCCCCAGCGUCUCCAGGUAGUGGACAGGAGGAGGAGUGGUCAGAUGAGGAGAGUCCCCGGAAGGCUGCCGCUGGGGUGCGGGUGCGGGCACUCUAUGACUACGCCGGCCAGGAAGCGGAUGAGCUGAGCUUCCGAGCAGGGGAGGAGCUGCUGAAGAUGAGCGAGGAGGACGAGCAGGGCUGGUGCCAGGGCCAGUUGCAGAGUGGCCGCAUCGGCCUGUACCCUGCCAAUUACGUGGAGUGUGUGGGUGCCUGAGUGCCCUGACAGCCCUUCUGCAGUGGUUUACCCUGGGGCAGAACCCAGCUCUCCUGGACAGCAGGACCUGAACCAUCAUGCCGCUGCUGCCUGUCUGUCCUACGAUGGAAGGAAGUCCCAUCAGGGAGGGGACAGGCUUGUGUGUAGGAAGGGACUGGGAGGGAAAGGCCAGCUGAGUCUAGACUGAUGGUAAGAAGGGAGGCUGGAGGUGACAGAAGGGUUCAGGGUUGCCUGGGCCUCCCCAGGAGCACUUGGGUCUCCCCAGGACUGUGCCCAGUUCCUGGCCUCUUGGAGUUCCUGGGGUGGGCUUGGGGUGAGUUUAGUUCUGGGCUAGCAACAUCCUCUUUUGUGACUUGUUCUAGUGUGUAUUAAACUUGACCAAA